UUUCCUGGCUGUCCCGUCCAUGCCAGCCCCGAGUAGCAGAUGAACGCCGAGCAUGGUGGGUAUUUACCUGGAUCCCACCUGCUCUGUUCUCACCCAGCAGGGCCCCAAUCCCAAUACUGGAUGAAGCGAGGGGAAGAGCUGCAAGUCCCAGAUCUCAGCAAAGGCGAGGAUGAUGAGAGCUGGCCGGGCCCCCAAACAGGUGAGAGGCUGGCGAGCGUGGCUGGGGCAGAGGAUGCUGCAACGGGAAGAGGCGGCACCAGCACUGAUGUGGAGCUGGUGGGAGUGUGGCACAAAGACCCUGCUGCGGAGGCAGAGGAAGCUGUGCCAGGAGGCGGUGCCAGGGUGGAGGAGGCUGUACCGGGAGGUAGCGCUGAUGCAGAGCCGCGAGCCCACCUGCUCCGGCACCGGCUAGUGCACACAGGUGAACGCCCCUUCCCUUGUCCGGUCUGCAGCAAAGCCUUUGCCCUGAGUGCCACGUUGCUGCGGCACCAGCUGGUGCACACGGGCGGGCGCCACUACCGCUGUGGGGAGUGCGGCCGCAGCUAUACACAGAGCUCCUACCUGCGCCAUCACCAGCGCAGUGCCCACGCUGGCCAGUUCCCCCACACCUGCCCAGACUGCGGCCGUGCCUUUGCUGACCGGGCCAACCUCCUGCGGCACUAG